UAAGAUACCAACGUAACGAAAUGGCAUGUUCAACGGGAUUUACUACACCAGAUUAUCUUAACAAGGAUUUUAUGAGGCAAACGCUUGAAUAUGGUUUGAGACUGGUUAACUUAGAAAUAGUGGACAUAAGACUGAGAAAUUUAACAGUUGGUGGUGAAAAUUAUUGCAGCAACAUAUAUGGAGUAAGCAUCAGAUACAAAACCGAAGCUGGAAAGGAAAGUGAAAAAUAUUUGAUUAUUAAAUCCAUGCCUAUGGAUAAACAAAUUCUUCUUGGACGUCUGAGCAUUUAUUGUAAGGAAACGAUUUUCUAUUUGGAUAUAAUGCCGAAAUUGGAAACACUUAUGUGCUGCUCGAAUGAAACCUGGAUUUUGGGUGCUAAGCAUUACUAUUCCACUACCACGCCGAUACAAACAAUUGUAGUAGAAGAUUUAUGCAGACAAGGUUUUGAAGAACAAAGCCGGCAGAUCGGUUUGGAUAAGAUGCAUGCAUCUGCUGUUAUGCGUAAACUAGGAGAAUAUCAUGCUUUGACUAUGUGCUUAAUUGAAAAGCAACCUGAUAACAUAAAAGGAUCCUUUCAAUUUGGUCUAAUAAACAAGGAAGCUGUAGAAUCUGAAGCUUUUAAAUCGCUUUUCGGCUCGCAACUUUUAAAGUUGACAACAUUAAUAACGGAUUAUCCGGGAUUUGAUAAGAUAUCAAAGAAAUUACUCAGAUAUUAUGAUAAUCUAAGGGAACGUGUGCUAAAUGCAGUUUAUCCACUUAAGGGUACUAUCAAUGUACUAAAUCAUGGUGACUUGUGGGUAAAUAAUUUACUCUUUAGAAGUGUUGAAAACCAAAAUAUACCAGAAGUACGAUUUAUUGAUUACCAGUUUUGUUUUUAUGGUAGUCUAGGUUUUGACAUUAAUUAUUUUCUCAUUACUAGUGUACAAUUGGAUGUACUUAAACAGCAUAAAGAGGAACUCAUCACUAUAUAUUUUAAAGCCUUAAUAAGUACUCUGGAGAUAUUGCCUUACGAGCAUAAAUUACCAACAUUUGACCAAAUUUUAAAGGAAGUUCAUGAAAGAGAAGGUUAUGGUUUUUUUGUUGCUUUCGCUUUCUUCCCACUUAUGUCUAUGCUGGGCCUUGAUUCGCAAGAUAAUUCUUUGCAGAAACUACAAGUUGAAGAAUUUGCACGUCAAAAAAUUGAGUUAAUGUUCAAAAGCAAUCCACGUACAAUGGACACCUUAAGGUACUUGCUCAAAUACUACGACGACUUGGGUAUAUUUGAUUAAACAUUUCUUAAAAUUUUUUCUUAUGAAACAGAAUUUAAAAUC